AUGGACACACCGAUCCGCAUCGCAAUAGUAGGUGGCAGCAUCGGAGGCUGUAGCCUCGCCAAUGGCCUCCUCCCGCUCCAGCACAUCACCUUUGAUGUCUUCGAAAGCAAGGAGAACUUUAGCGAACGCGGUGCUGCAAUUGCUAUGCACACGAAUGCUCUCGCUGCACUGAGGUGUAUGGGCAUCGAUGCUGACCGAAUCCUGAGAGAUGCUCGGGCGGUCAAGCGAGAUGUAUUGCAGACUAUUGUUGGCUGUGGUGCGAACGCCGGUGAGGAGUUCUGA